UUCCAUAAUUUCAACACCAGCUAAAAAAAAUAUCUUUAAAAGCGUCUUCCGAGUUUCGAGUUCCAUAUUUUUGUAAAGUCUUGACGCGUGAGCCACAGUUCACACAAACCGUAUUGUCAAAGGAACACAUAGGCUACAAUAGGAAGUUGUUCCAACUGUUUUUUUUAAAGAAUACGGUGGCAGUGAGCGAAGCUGAGAUGGAGAAGUGUAUGGCGAGGCCAGAAGCCAAAAAGAGAAAACCAGCGCAGCCCAGACCCCCAUCUGCUCCCCCGAGGCCACCAAAGCUCUCCUCUGAGCUGAGCGGAAACCGGGCAGAGACACAGGGGAAGGAGAACACAGUUGAGACACCAGCAGCUCCUCUCAAGCCCAGUGAUGCGGUAAACAUGAACAGAAUCCAGAGGGAGAGAAUGGCUCAAACCCCAGUUAUCCCUCCCAAGCCAACAGAGAAGGAACUCCGCAGCACAGUUGCACACAGGCGAUAUCAGACAUCAAAACCCCAGGAUAAUCAGAAUGAGAACACAGCCACGCCACAACCGGUCAUCCCGCCAAGGCUCUCCAAGCAGAUUCCUAAAGAGAAGGACCCAGAGGUUUCUGAAGCAGCGAAAGAUGAAACAGACAUCAGACAGGGUAAUGUAGCCAUGCUCACAGAGAUGUUUCAGAAAGGUCCGAAAGAACAAGCACCUACUUUUAAAAGCUAUAUAUCAGACUCUGAUCCCCCCAAAUCAGAAGAGAAACCUGAACCUGAGAAGCCCAUCGCCACUGAAAAUAAGAAGGGUGGAUUCAAAGGAAUGCUGAACAAGACCAAUCUAUUCAAAUCUCAGGCCAGUGUGGACAAUGAUCUCUCUGCUGAGGAGCCUGAUCCAGAGAAAGAGCAGUCUGGUGAUGAGGUUGAGGAGAAGAGGCUGAGUGAGGGCAAACAUGGGAAAGGUUUCAUGGCUGGAAUGUUCUGGGGCCUCCAAAAAGAGAAGACAUCUGCUUCUGUCCUGAGGGUGAGCCCAGCAGCCAGUGAUGCUGAGAACACGGAAGAGGGAGGGCCUGAAGAAACAAAGGAGAAAGGUCUUUUCCAUGGGAUCUUCAAAAAGCCUCAAAAAUCAGAUGUUGCAGAGGAGGGUCUUUCCCAUCAUCUCUCUGCCAGUAAUGACAGUCUGUCUGACACCAGCAUCAAAGAGAAAGGCGGCAUUUUCAGUGGAAUAUUCAAGAAACCCAAACCAUCGCAAGAUGGGACACCUGAGCAGGACAACCUGUCUGUGCAUAGUAAUCUCUCAGGCAGUGAUGAUGAUAAUCUAUCUGAAAACAGCAACAAGGCUAAGGGGAAAGGAGGUAUGUUGACCGGAAUGUUUAAGAAGACGCCCAAGUCUAAACAGCCCCCCAAACCCUCGGAGGAUGAUGGGUCUAUAGAGGAUCUCUCUGCACAUAGUGAGCUCUCAGCCAGCAACGACAAUCUCUCAGAGGAGAAAGGUCUGUUCAGUGGCAUUUUCAAAAAGGCCUUCAAAGCCACUGAUGAGGAUAAACGGUCAUUACAUGAUGAACUUUCACUAAAAGUUGAGCCCACUAAAAAGGGAGUGUUCAAGAAGAAGUCUCCCAAGUCAACAGAGAAUACUCCUGCUGAUGAGUUUCAGGACAGGCAGUCAUUGAAAGACGAGCUCUCGAGAAGCACUGAUGACCUCUGUGAGAACAGUGCUAAGGAGAGAGGUAAUGCGUUCAGUGGGUUGUUCAGGAAAUCCCAGAAGCACCCAGAGGAUGCUCCAUCUGAAGAGGAUAAGCGGUCUCUGCGUGGGGAGCUUUCAGCCAGUGAGGAAAGUCUUUCAGACAAGCCCAAAGAGAAAAGCGGAAUUUUUGGUGGCAUGUUUAAAAAAGCCCCCAAACCCUCUGAGGAAGACAAGGACACUCAGGAGAAAGGUGGUGUGUUUGGUGGCAUGUUUAAAAAGUCGAAACCUUGUGAAGGCUCAGAUGAGGAUAAGGACUCGUUAUCUGCUGAAUUGUCAGCCAGUACUGAUGACCUCUGUGAGAACUCUAAACCUAAAGAGAAAGGUGGUGUGUUUGGUGGCAUGUUCAAAAAAUCGAAACCUCGUGAAGGCUCAGAUGAAGAUAAGGACUCGCUAUCCACCGAAUUGUCAGCCAGUACUGAUGACCUGUCUGACAACAAUAAAACUAAGGAGAAACAGGGUGUGUUUGGUAUGUUCAAAAAGCCAAAAGCCAGGGAGAGCUCAGAUGAGGACUCAUUAUCCACUGAAUUAUCAGCCAGUACUGAUGAUUUGUCUGAAAACACUAAACCCAAAGAGAAAGGUGGUAUGUUUGGUGGCAUGUUCAAGAAACCUAAAGCUCGUGAGGGCUGUCCUCCAGAUGAGGAUAAUGCACUGUUGGACAAAAACCUCUCAGCCAGUAAUGAUAGUCUGUCUGACAACACUACAACCUCAAAGGAGAAGACCACAGGCUUGAGUGGCAUGUUCAGGAGGUCUCCCAAGCCUGCGCUCCGGUCUCAGGCAUCUACGGACCCGCUUAAUCAGUUUAGCGAACUGUCAGAAAGCAAUGACAGCCUUGCAGACUUCGACAGUUCACAGGACCUUCUGUCUGUUGACCCUCAGCUUUCUGGUAGUAAGGACAAUCUCCUUGAGAAUAAUAAUGCCAAGGAGAAGAAAGGAAUGCUGGGGAUUUUCCGGAGGUCACCAAGACCUGCAGAACAGGCUGGCACAGACGCGGAUGAAAGCCAAGGUCUGGUGAGAAAAGGAAGAAGUCUGAAAAAAAAACGGGUUGUGUCCUUCCGAGUGAAGAGGACUCUACCCAGAAUGCCCAAGUUCUCCCUUAAUCCCUCGGCUCAGAGCGCCAGUAAAGAGCCCCUUCUGGAGGAGCCUGUGGAACUGCAGGAGAUACUGGCAGUGCAGGAGACCACAGAAGAGCAGGUGGAGAUUCAGGAGGUGGAGAUGGCAGCCUUCCCCACAGAAGGGAACCCCCUGGAGGUUGAAGGGGAUGGGGAAGGUCUACUGGAUUGGUGGAGAACGGUGGAGGGUUGGGCCCAGUGGAAUGAAACAACAAAUUUUCAAGAAGAUGAAGAACAAGAGGCGGUGGAGGCCGUGGCUGACCGUGUGUUCAUGGCAGCCCGUCUCUUUGUGCUCCUCUUCAACCAGCGGGGGGCGAAGCUGCAGCAGUACAUCCUGGAGUUGCUGGCGCAGGCCGACGCCGUGGACCAGUUCCAUAAGAAGACGGUGUCGGCGGCCGUGGGAGGCGGCGUGGCCAGCGUUGCGGGCAGCGUGGCCACCAUCACGGGCCUUAUCCUGGCGCCAUUCACCUUCGGCGCCUCCAUCAUCGUCACCGCCGUGGGCAUCAGUGUGGCCACUGCUGGCAGCAUCACCUCGGCGACGGCCAACAUCACAGACACCGUGCACGCCAAGAUGGACCGCAAGAAGGUGGAGCAGAUGAUCCAGAACUACCAGGACGAGAUCAAGGACAUCAGGGAGUGCUUGGAGUUUGUGCAGGAAGGAAUGAACACACUGGAUGAAUGGGACUUCCAGAAGUACGCAGACAGCGUGGCCAAGAAGCACAUGACCCGCAACAUCAAACACGUGAUGAAAGAGGGCGGCCGUGCUGGAAAGGCUCUCAUGAUCAACACAGACAGGCUCAUCAGCACCGUGCAGGUGCUUAGUGUUGCCGGAGGAGCUGCCAAGGCCGCUCGGGCCAUCAGCGUCACCACAGGGGUCAUGUCGGCGCUCUUCCUUGCCGUCGACAUCUUCUUCCUUGCCAAGUACUCGCACGAGCUGCGCAAGGGCGCCAAGACCAAGUUCGCUAGCAAGAUCCGCGAUGUAUGCAAGGAGCUGCAGAGUGGCCUGCUGGAGCUGAACAAAGUCAAGUGCCAGCUGCAGAAAACCAUGGACGGGAUCGAGGUGGAGGCAUAUGAGGAGGAGGACGAGGAAGAGGAGGAUGAUGACGACCUGGAGUCAGACCCAGUGAAACUGGCCCAACUGGAAGAGGAGCUGGACCAGCUGGAGGAGGAGCUGGACAAGAGGGUCCUGGAGGAGCCGAGCAUAAGCACAGAGACGGAGAAGGAGGGAAAAAGCAAGAAGAGAAGAGGGAAGGAGACAAAGAGCGAGAAAGAGAAGAAUGAAAGUGAGAUGAAGGAAGGGAUGACUGAAAGUGAGCUCAUGGAGGAGGACAAAAGGAGUGUUAAGAGUGAAUAUGGGGACUUGGAGAAACAAGUGAAAGAAAAGAAGGAAGAAGUGCAUGGAGAAAAGAAAGUGGAGAAAACAGAGGCGGAGCUGACUGAUGAGACUCCAAAGAGAGAUAUGGAGAAGGGUGCCUCGACCAAGAGUGACACAGGAGAGAGGGAUGGAAAGAGUGAAAAGGGGGAGUCUGAGAAAGACAAGGACAGUGUGAUGGAAAAAGCAAAAGAGAGGCCAGAAAGAAAAAUGUAUCCGUUUGACAAACACAACAGAAGUGAACGAGAGGAGAGAGAGAGUGUAAGGUCUGUACAGAGCAGUGCAAGCGAGAUGAGCGUGACUAAGAGAGCAACCCAGGACAAGGCAGCAGUGAUGAAACAAGAAGACGAGACUAAGAAGGGCAAGGCCAGGUCUGAAAAGGGAACGAGGGAUAGCAAAAGGGAGACAGAGAGACAGACUACCAGGAGUAGGAGAGUGGAGGAAGAUGAGGAGAGAGGGAGCCGAAGGGGAAGUAGAACUGAUGUAGAACUCAAAGAAGGUGGGCAAGCGGUCACCAAGCCCAAACAGGAAGGAGCUGGACGGGAGGAGAGAGGAGGAGUACAGAGGGAGAGUGCAAAAAGACGAGACAGAGAGAGGGAGGUCAGGGGUGAAAGACUGAGCACGCAGGAAGGAGGUACGAGCAGGGAGAGCCUUGUGGGGAGAGGGGAGGAGGACUACGGGAGGAGGAGAGAGAGGGAAGGGGAGAGGAGAGGUAGCAGACAGGAAUAUGGGAGUGAGAGAGGAGGGGUAGAGGGGAGGAGCCACACCAGCUUAAGAGGAAGGAGUGCAAAGGAGCAGAAUGAGCAGAACAGAGGAAGCAGACUGGAGCAUGACAGGGAGAGUAGAGGAGGUGAGGAGAGGAGGGGAAGUAGGCAGGACAACUCUGCUGAGAAACACGGGGGAAGGGCAUCAUGGGACGGCAGCAAAAUUGAAGGAGAGGCCAGGGAGCAGACAAGAGAGGGACCUGGAGAAAAAAUCUCUCGUACACGCUCCAUUCGUCAAGAUGGCCUCAAUAUAUAACCUGUAUAACAGGGAAGCUACACCAGGAGCAUAACUGAAGCAUUCUGUUCAUGUAAAAAGCAUUUUAGAAGGCUGGUCUAUUUUUUUUUAACAUUGUUGCAGCAGACACGACACGAAUGGAACGAAUGGCGACAGGGUUAAACCAAUAUGGACUAAAACAACUGCAUUUAAAACCUUUGUUGACAAGAAAGAUGUGAUUGUUGCACUUUUGAAACGAUUUAAGAGCUUAAUGCACCAAUUUAAGUUUAAUGUCACUGCUGGUUAAGCCCUUGGAAGUCAUAAGUCCAGGAAGUCUUUCCAGACCCACUCUCAUUCUAAAUUGAGAUGUGCUGUUUGGUGUCAACGAGGCUACUAAAAAAAGCUUGCUUAAUCCAUGUGUGCUAAACUGACCCUUAAAGUGUAGAACAGUUGAGAUGGCCAGAAAUUUGCUGGCGGGUGGACAUAUAUGAAACUAGGUGGGCAAAUUAAAUUUCCUCUAAUUGACCUGUAUACAUAACCACUAUGUAGUAUUUUUGCAAUCACAUAAUUGCAUUGUUUCCACUUGUGUUUUGUGAUCAUGCCGGUUUUAAUUACAUAGGCCGAUGUUUACCAUAUGAAUUAUACAUGUAAUGUAUGUAACGAUACUUUACAGUGAGUUUAAACCUUUAAAUCUUCUGGCCCAUUAAUAAACAUGCUAGCAAUAAGCCUCCUUGCUAGCACACCCACCUCCUUUUCCCAAGAUUGUGAAUUAGAGUUUGGUGCAGGACUGUGUGUCUACACAACACAGCUUGCAGAUAGUUACAAAAGCUUUACUAUACUUGCACACAGAUUUGUUAUCUGACACAAGUAGCCAACGCGAACAAUAAAACAGUAUCGCCUACUAUUGCCAAAGCCACAGAACAAGUUAAAGUAGCUUGGUGUUUAAAAGACAGCUGGGGAAAAUGUUGAUUUUCUGAUUUUGCCAUUUUUCACAUCGAUCAAAAACAUUACCGUAAUUCAGAUUAAUUUAAUUAAUUCGAUAGAUCGCCCAGCACUACUUCUUGGUCACUGGCCUAACUUCUGCUAGGAUGGGUGACAUCUGUGGGCUAACCACUCUGUUACUAAAAAUCCAAAUGCAUGUUACCCUCUACUGUGAAAUAAUCUUGUCAUAAUACAAUGAUUUGGUUAGCUGUCUUUUGAACGAGUAACACAAAUUGUUCCAGCGGCCUGAGAGUAUUAAUGUGUUCUCUUAAAAAUAUUGAAUGGAGAGCGUUGUUAUUCUACUGUAGCUAGUAAACUUUACCAACUAGCUUGCACAAAAUUACACAGACAGCAGUUUAUCAGCACUUUAGGAUCUUGCUAUGCAGACAGUGGCACAUGCAUUUGGGUAGUUGUGGGAACAUAAACUAUUGAUAUAUUUGAGAUAUACAAAAAGAAUAUGAUAUAUGGUGACUGAUAUGGUGACUGUCCAAGUGGGUGGCAGACAGUUACCCACCCACUGAUGCCCACACAUGGCUAUACAACUAGUGUAGAAAUGUUUAUCAUAGUUUUUUCAGUUGAUAAUAAUAUUCAGUAACGCUAUAAUUCUCUGGUGGUGUUAGGAAAGGUUUUUGUGCCUUAAAUGUGAAAUGUAUUUUAACCAACUAUCCUUCAGGUGUGAAAUACAUUUUAAUGUACUUGGUAUCUCGUAAGAUAAGAUCCAGAAUGCACUUUAUUAGCAUCUCCCCUGCAGCAUAACUCAGGACCUCUGUAUGUCUCCAUAUCUCUAUGGAGAGGAGAGGAGCUCAUCCCCUCAGCACUGUGCAGAGUGGUGGGUGGAUGCAUUCAAUCCAUUAUAGCCAUCAAAUGUUUGUCGAAAGAAGUGGUGAAGUCAGCACAGCACAGCACAGAGUGUCCGUUGUUAAAUUCUCCAUUUUUCUAAGAAAAUGACUACUGAUUAUUUUUAUUUUUAUUUUUGUUGUAUGUAAGUGUGAAAUUGUUUUUGCGCUCAUAGUUGUUCGCUCAUGUUUAUUUUGUUUUUAAUUAAUUAUUUCUUUGUUAUGUGUUGUUGAUCUUUUCGAUGUAAAGUGCCAAACAUCUCUGGUGUUUCAUGCCACUGCCAUACAAACUGUUACAAUAUAUGGGUUCCUUUUGGUAUUUCUAAUAAAUUGCUAUUCUUUCCAUA